AGUCGCUGGCACUGGGAGCUUUGGAGCAUCAACGGUAACGAUGACCCCCUUCCUUCUGCUGUGUGUGUCUUUGCCCCUCAUCUCGGCAACAAUAUCAUUUGACGAUCACGAUGAAUUGGAUGGCACACUCCGUGUUAGCAUCCCUAUGGAGAUUCCUCUCCGUCCUCUCCUGGGAGGCAAGGUAGUGGUACCAUGUUACUUCCAGGACAAUACUGUCAAUGACCCCGGAGCUCCAACCAUCGCCCCGCUCUCUCACCGCAUCAAAUGGUCCUAUGUCACCAAGGAGAAAGCCACCACCAUCCUGGUGGCGUCAGAGGGAAAAGUUCAGGUGGAGACAGAGUAUUUGGACAGAGUGACGAUGGUCAACUACCCUCUGGUGCCCACUGAUGCCACCCUGGAGAUCACAGAGCUGAGGUCCAAAGAUUCUGGCACCUACCGCUGCGAGGUGAUGCAUGGCAUCGAAGAUAACUACGACUCUGUGGACAUCCAGGUUCAGGGUAUUGUGUUCCACUACCGAGCCAUCUCCACUCGCUACACCCUGACGUUUGAGAAGGCCAAGGCUGCCUGUAUCCAGAACAGUGCCACCAUUGCCACUCCAGCCCAGCUCCAGGCCGCCUACGAUGAUGGAUACCACCAGUGUGAUGCCGGUUGGCUCUCUGAUCAAACUGUGAGGUACCCCAUCCAUGAGCCCCGGGAGCGUUGCUAUGGAGACAAGGAGAACUUCCCAGGUGUGAGAACUUAUGGAGUGAGAGACGUCAACGAGACCUAUGACGUGUACUGCUUUGCUGAGAAGAUGUCAGGCAGAGUCUUCUACUCCAUGUCUGCGCAGAAGUUUUCUUUCUAUGAAGCAGGAGAUCAGUGUGCCAAACUCGGCGCCCGGCUUGCCACCACCGGAGAACUGUACCUGGCCUGGAAGGCUGGAUUGGAUGUGUGUAACGCUGGCUGGCUGGGAGACAGAAGUGUGCGCUACCCUAUUAACAUUGCCAGGCCUCAGUGUGGAGGAGGGCUUCUGGGAGUGAGAACUGUCUACCUGUUCCCCAACCAGACAGGAUACCCCUACCCAGACUCCCACUACGAUGCUAUCUGCUUCCAAGCUGGCGAGGAUGAAGAUGUCGUGCCUGCGAGGACCACCCCUUUCCCUGACAUCGUACGCAUAACAUCCGCCCCUGGGGUGUUCCCAGGACUCACCCCCUCACCUGGGGGUGAAGAGAUCAGGGGUGGAGAAGUGGACACCCUCACCCCGCUGCCCGUCCCUCCCAGUGUGACAGACACAUACACUAAAGUGACUCCUAUUGUAGGAGAGCCUGGACUCGACCUGACAGACAUAGAUGCUGCCAUGGCUCCCACGGGUGUGGUGUUCCACUACCGUCCCAUCACUGGCCGGUACACCCUGACCUUUCUUGAGGCUCAACGCGCCUGCCUGAGCAUUGGGGCAGUCAUUGCUAGCCCCCAGCAGCUGCAGGCCGCCUUCGAGAAAGGCCUGCACCAAUGUGACGCCGGCUGGCUCCGUGACCAGACAGUCAGGUAUCCAAUCGUGUCACCCAGAGAUAACUGUGCAGGUAAUCUGCCAUACCUUCCAGGAGUCAGGUCCUAUGGCCUGAGGCCAGCCAGUGAACAUUACGAUGUAUUUUGUUACGUGGAGCGUCUGCAAGGUGAGGUCUUCUUCACCAGUGACUAUGACAGCUUCUCCUAUGAGGAGGCUGUGCAGCAUUGUCAGAAACUGAACACCACCCUGGCCACCCCCGGGCAGCUGUACUCUGCCUGGAACCAAGGACUUGACAAGUGCCGUCCAGGUUGGCUGAUGGACCGCAGUGUCCGCUACCCCAUCACAACCCCCAGGUCCCACUGUGGAGGCGGUCAGGUGGGAGUUCACAUCAUCUACGCCUUCCCCAACCAGACAGGAUUCCCUGAUGUGCACUCACGCUACGAUGCAUACUGUUUCAAAGCUGAAAUCCCACUUGUUCAUAUUCAGAAUAGAACCAGUGUGGAUGUGACAUUGCUGACUGUGGAUGUUAUCAAUAAGACAACAGCGACAAUUGAUCACUUUGUUCCCCCUGUUGAACCUACUGUUGUCUACAAUGAAACUGAAACCAGUGUAAAUAUUACUGAAAUAGAGGUGUUUAUCAACAAGACAACCAUCACAACUCACCAAGUUUCUCCUCCUGUUCCUACUGAUGUGUCAGGGUCUGGUUCAGCUGAUCAUUCAGCCAGCGGGGAGAUCUCAGGAGAGUCUGGCACCUUCAGUGGUGACACCUCUGGUUCCAGUGCCAGUGGUGACGCCUCUGGUUUCAGUGCUAGUGGUGAUGCCUCUGGUUCCAGUGCCAGUGGGGACGUCUCUGGUUCCAGUGCCAGUGGUGACGUCUCUGGUUCCAGUGCCAGUGGUGAUGCCUCUGGUUCUGGACUGGAGAUCACCUACAGUGGACACAAGGACAUCUUCUCCGGAGACGGAUCUGCCUCUGGAGCUCCCCAGGAGGCAGAAGGAGGAAGUACUGUCAUCUUCGCAUCUGGAGAACUGGGUAGUGCUUCUGGAUCCGGAGAGGGGAUUCAUGGACAACAAUCUGGCUUUGGGGUAUCAGGAUCAGGAUCAGGUUUUACAAGUGCAAGUGGAGAUAUCAGUGGUAGUGGAGAAUUCAUGAUCAUCAUGGUGGAUGGAAAGAUGGAGGAGGUGUCAAAAACCCACAGACAACCACAUGAGCAGUUGUUUGGCAAGGAAGGCAUUGAGAUAAUUGAAUCAAGUACAAGCGGAUCGGGAAGUAUGUCUGGGUCAGGGUCAGGGUCAGGCUCUGGUGGAUUUUCUGGCAUCUCAUUUGUCGACCACAGUGCCGUUGACAUGACAGUUCAGCCAUCUGGUGAGCAGGAGGUGUCUGGAUACCGUCCUUUUGGAUCAGGCUUCCACAGUGGCUUUCCCAGUGGUUUUCCAUCCGGUGUGUCAGGCAGCGCCUCUGCCUCUGGAGACUCUUUCCAGCAACGUGGUGAUGUCAUCUUUGUAACAGACGAUGAGAUGAUUCAGGUGACCGUACCGCCACUGGAACUCCACCCUCAGCAGGGCCGCGGGGUGGUGGAGAUAAGCGGGGCAGGAAGUGGGUCAGGGAUGCACCAUGAAUUCAGUGGAAGUUUGGAGCAAAGCUUGCAUAUCUCCGGAAGUGGAGCCCCUCAUGAAGAACCAACAGUUGAGAGGCUGUCUGUCGCCCUGCCACCUGGAUCUACCAUGACUUACUCAGAGUACAUCACCAGUCUUGGUCAAUCAGGACUGGGGGAUGAAGAACAGGAAGGUCGCACAAUUGUUGUGACUCCAGACACAGCCUACACCAGCCCAACCACAGCACCAUCAGUCUCACUAGCAACUCCUGCUGUUGUGGAGGAGCCUGAAGUAGCGGAAGUCUCUGCAGACCCUUGUAAUCCAAACCCCUGUGGUUCAGGAUCCUGCUCUGUGCAGGGAGAGCUUGCUGUAUGUCAGUGUCCCAACGGCUUCACUGGCGAAGACUGCUCAACACCGGUGCAGGGCUGCUCUGAAGGCUGGGUGGAGUUCAUGGGCAGCUGUUACCUUCACUUUGCGGAGAGAUACACCUGGGCUGAUGCUGAGCAGCGCUGUCAGGAGCUCAACGCUCACCUGGUCAGCAUCAGCUCCCAGGAGGAGCAGAACUUUGUCAACUCCAAUGGUCAGGACUACCAGUGGAUUGGACUUAAUGACAAAGAUGUGCAGAAUGAGUUCCGCUGGACAGACAGAAGUCCUCUGACCUUUGAGAACUGGAGGCCCAACCAGCCAGAUAACUACUUCAACUCUGAGGAGGAUUGUGUGGUGAUGAUUUGGCAUGAGGGCGGACAGUGGAAUGACGUACCCUGCAACUACCACCUUCCCUUCACCUGCAAGAGUGGACCAGUCACAUGCGGCGCUCCCCCGGAGGUGGAACAUGGCCGGCCGAUGGGCAGCACCAGAGAGCGCUACCCCGUCAACUCCAUAGUCCGCUACCAGUGUGAUGCAGGCUACACACAGCGCCACCUGCCUGUCAUACGCUGUAUGCCAGAUGGACAGUGGGAGGAGCCACAAGUGGAAUGUACAGAAGCCGGCACCAACAGUAACAGGCUACACAAAAGAUCCCUCAGGAGAAGAAGUAAAGGGGUGAGCAGCCAACAGGAACAGAGGAAGCUGCUCUGAGCAGGACUGAAAGGACAUACAACAGAGAGCCACAAAGCACCCCUCUUGUAAAGAAGCAUGGACACCAAUGCAAAUGCCCGACCAAAAAGAUAACAUUCCCUCUCAUGUAUAUACACAUACUAAAGCACAUUUAGACAGUGAUAGUGUAACUGACUGAUGUUUCGGAUGUUUGAGUGUCACUCUGCACCUUGUGAAGGCAGGUUUUCUACGUAUUUAUAGCGUCUAAUUUAUAGCUGUGAUCCAGAAUUAUCUCGAAUGCACAAGUUGACAUUUUCUUCAAUCGGUUGCCAGCACUGCACACAAAGCAAGGUCGAUUAAAAACUGUCAAACAACAAUAAGAGUGACACACAAAGUCCAAAACAGUCCAAUAAGAGUGUUUUCGAUUGCAGCUGGAUUCUCUGAAGUCAAACACAUUGUUACAUAGACUUUUGCCAUUUUUUAGGGUAUUUUUCUAGAUCUGUGUUUCGUAGCAUUUUUUAUUUCUUUUAUUCAGUCUUAGACAACAACUGUGUGCUUCAGACUGGUGAAAAAAACUUACAUUAUAGGCCAGGACAAUGAUUCUCAAGCUUUUUGGUUGUGACUCCUUAAAUAAUUGCAAUGAGUACAUGUUAAAUGUGGAGAGUGUUGAAGUUGGGUUUUGUUUUACUUGAAUUAUCAGAGGAGUCCUUGAGGCUUACAGUAAUUCAGUGUUGCAUAAAAGCCCAGAUUUGAGCAAAAGCAGAGGAAAAAUACAUAAAAAUAUAUUGGUGUUUAAAACUAUUAAUCAUCUUUCAGGAAACCCACACUGUCCUGUCGCAACCCUCAGGUUUGAGAACCACUGUGAAACGACACCACCGCAGUAUCAGACAUACUGAAUCGAUUGUGCUGUUCCAUUUGAUGAUGAAUAGAAAUCCAAGUUCAAGACUUGAUUAAGUCACUGCAACAAACCUGGAUUGAAAUAGUCAGCACUCAUGCACUUUUGGGAGUCUUCAGUCACGUCUGUGCUAAUCAUUUGAAUCCAGUGCACCUUAAACAAUAAAAUUAAUAAUAAUAAUAACAAAUGAAUAAGUAAAAACAAAAAUGAAAAAAAAAUCCUCAUCUGUAGCUGACACAUGGCAAAGAAACUGUACUGAGUUAACAAGUGAAAUCUACAGUAUGACACUGAACUGGCUGGCCAGGAGGGGCCUCCGGGACGGUGCAAAACUCCACCUCAUGAAUGUCAUUGAAUGUUGCAAAAGAUGCACAUCCAGGUCUUCAGGUUGAGGUUUAUAUUUGUGAUUUCUCAUGAGUAAUCAGUGACCUCUGUCAACACUGUCUGAUGGGAGAAUCCUGCUUUUUACGAGGCGGAUGACAUUUUUCUCACUGUAAGUAUUCUCACUAUUCUCUGGACAGCAGGAUCUGUUAAUAAUUUAGCAGACAAUUUAAUUGUUUGAAUAAUUCAUCAUUGACCUGUUUUGUUGAUUUGUUAGUUUAAUUAACUGUUGAGUUGCAGUUAUGAGUUUCCUAUCAAAUGGGCAUGACUGAUUUAACAGUCAGCUGUAGAGAAGAAGACACAACUGGGAUUUUCUAUUCGAGCCUUAGACAUCUGUGUGGAGGUUUCUGGCUGUGUGUCAUGUGACAGGGUCUUAUCGACAGAGAUGUACUUGAGAAAUAAAAACACGAUUGUAUGGAAAAGAAGCUGUGAAAGCAGAUGGAUUUUUUUCAAAUGAUGACAAAGGAGAUGGAGAAGGUUGAAGUGGAGGAGGAGGCUAUAAAAUGUUGACCAUGACCCUUUAAGGUCAAGAUUAGCUUCCACGCUGAGAGCAGAUAAUCUGACUUCUCACAGAACAACAACACAAACACUGAAACACAUACACUCAAACUGGUCGCAAAAUCUAGUAAACAGUUAGGAAAAAGUGAAUGAGUGAGCUUGACAACGUCACAAAGAUUGCUCAAGUAAAUUAAUUAAUUAAAGUCAAAUUGCUGUAUUUUUCAGACAGAAAACACUUGAGUGAUUAUGUUGAGGACAAUUGAAAAUCAGUAAGCUCUAUAAAAGUGAGGGUCUAAAUCAGUAUUUUUGAUCGACUGAUUCUUCAACAAACUGAAAUAUCUUUUAACAGAUAAAACCAAAACAUUUGUACCGUUGCACACAGACGUCACGUCUGCUGUGACUGUUCAGAUCCCGAAUCCUGAUGUGAACAUACAGUAUACUUGUACU